AGUUUAGUGUAUUUAUUGUGUAAUAUACUUUAUCAAAAUGGAAAACAAAUCUGCGCAAUAUAAGUACUGUAUAGUGCCGGGAUGCAAAAGCACAACUGUCAGAACAUCCAACAAACAUUUUUUUACUCUACCAAAAGAACCAAAACGUCGAUUAAAAUGGCUAAAGGCAUGCAGGCGAGAUAAACAGGAUAUUUCACAAAAAAGCAUAGGUCUUUAUGUCUGUGAGGAUCAUUUUGAUUUGGAACAAGAUAUGGAUAACUAUAUAAAAUUCAAGAUUAUGGGUGGUCCCAAAAUUAUUAAGUCAGGUGUUGUCCCGCACAUAUUUGAUUGUCAACCAGACAGAAAACGAGCUUUUUCUCAGCCUGUGAGGGAAGCAGCCCUUAAAAGGGUUAAACGACAGCUUCUUGAAGAUGCCGCUUCUACAUCUAAGUCUGUUUUAGAGGACAAUGAUGAUAAGAGACAAUGUGAUCCUAGUUUCACAAACUUAGUACAAUCAGGACCUGAAUUAAACCAAUCAGCUUUACCUCAAAAACUGAAUAAUGCAUCAACACAGACUCACAUCAAAAUAAGAAGUAAAGGUAUUCAAUGCAAAUUUCAAAGAAGUGUUACAGUGUUGAAAAUACAUAAUAAGGAUGCAGGAACUUCACCUAUAAAAGACUUGCAAAUAUUUGAAGAUACAAAAAGUGAAUCAGGGAGUUCUGUAUUUGAAGAGUAUAGUGAAUAUAGUGGUAGUGACGACUGUUGGUACAAUGAAAGUGAUUUUUUAUCUUGUGAUGAAGAUACGAAAGAAGAGGAAGCAAAACAAUUUAAAAGUUUGUCUUUGAAGUGUACAGUAAUGAAGUUACAAUACAGACCUAGACUGUAUAUGGGGCUACCAGAAUAUGCAUUUUACACGUUUCAAUUAAUGGAAAAAUAUUCAUCUUCUUCGAUUAAAGAAAUGCCUGGAGCAGGAAUUGCCGUAGAACAAAAAUUAUCAUGA